AUUUCGCCUCUCGCCUCUUGCCUCUUUGCCUCCAGCACCGCUGCAUUUCUAUCAUGUUCAUCCGUCUUUUCUCCGUCGCCGAAAUCCCGAGCGUGUUCGGUUGUCGUCGAACAGAACCAAAUCAAUCUUCCGGCCGAAUUAGUUCAAUGGUUCGUUCGAUAAAAUCCCGGGGAUAAGAAUGGGUUUCUUUUCUUUUUCUCUUUUCGCCACAUUGCUGGCGCGUGUGUGGUUGACCGUCGGUCGGACGGUCGGUCGGGUUCCGUUCCUGGCGAUCGUUGCACUUUUCGUCCAUUUCGGCCGGCGCUCGCAAAAUCCACUUCAUUCCAUUCCGUUCCGUUUCCGUUAUGACGUUUACGAAAGGACUUUCCUCGGUGCUUUUCUUUCUUCUCUCAACAAUAGCGGUUGUUAUUUUGCAAUGAAUUGCCUUGUAUUCUUUUUUUUUUUUCUACAUUGCCAUUGUUCGGAUAGAAGUGGCGACUGCACUUGGGUACUGAUGUAUGCGAUGUUCUUAUCUAUGGUGAUGCUGAUGCCGAUGCUUAUUUUGACCCAUCUACUCCAUAUUUCAGUGUCUGUGCGCACUUAUACCUUUGUUGGUAUGGUUUGCUUGAUCUUUUUUGCAGCUAUCAUAACGAAGGAUAUACUUUCUUUCCGAAUAUAUCAUUAUAUGUCGAUGUGUUAGUAGUGCUCUGUAGAUUUCUUCUGCAUAUCAUGUGCUUCGGAAACGCCGACCGUAGAUAUACGAUACUCC